AUGUCUGCAAUAUGGCGCAAACUACCACCAAAAGCCGCCUAUCUCACCGUUGAUAACCCGGCAUCGCGCAAUGCGCUCUCACUGCCCGUUCUCCGUAACCUCCGUUCCCAGCUCCACAAAUACAACACCUCGCCAGCAGAUGGCAAAAUCUAUACCCUACCACCAUUCAACCCCAACAUAUUAUCGAGCCUCGAAAAGGCCUCGACUCAACCCUGGUCGCACACAAAACACGCCUGGCUCCUCCACACCGCAGAAUGGCAUCGCCACCGCCGCGAUCUGCCCACCGUCCUCGUCCUCCGCAGCAUCCCCGGCUUCAGCUCCGGCAACGAGCUGAAGGAGCUCUCUCGCCUCAGCCAUGACGAGGUCAGCGAGACCUUCACGCUAUUCGCCGAGGUCAUGACCCUCAUACGCCGCUCGCCCGCGCCCGUUGUCUGCGCGGUCGAGGGAGGCCGGGCUGCCGCCGCCGGCGCGCAGCUGGCGCUGACCUGCGACCUACCCAUCGCGUUCGCCGGGACGCGCUUCCAGCUGCCCGGCCAGCGCAUCGGCCUGCCGGGCACGCUGCCCGCCACCGCGGUGUCGCGCCGCCUGGGCCCCGCGUUCGGCUAUCGCAUGUCCGCGCUGGCCGAGGGCGUCAGGGCCGAUGAGCUGCCCGGCGGCGUGGUGGAGACCGUCCCAGAUGGCGACGACUACGCCCUCAAGAAAAGGGUCGAGGGGGUGGUCAGCCAGCUGGUCGAAGUGGGUGGUAGGCCGCAGGCGCUGGGCAAGUGGGCGUAUUGGACCCAGCUGGAGGCGCACCGGUGGACAGGCGAUGCGGACCGCUGGACGGAGGACGGCGAGAUCGAAGACGAGGCGGAUGGGUACGAGAAGGCUCUGCGAUGGGCAGGGAGGAUGAUGGCGCUGCAUGCCAGGACAGACGAUGCUCAGAAAGGCAUGGCGGCGUUUGGCCAAGAGGGCGCCCGAGUGGAACACGUGUUGAACAAAAAGAUCUGGUAG